UGGAGCCUGCGCGACUUUGACAUCGGCAGGCCACUCGGCAAGGGCCACUUCGGCAAAGUGUACCUCGCGCGUCUCAAGUCGUCCGACUUCAUCGUCGCGCUCAAAGUCCUCGACCGGGCGGCGAUUAUGGCGAACGAGCGCGCCGAGACACAAGCGCGCCGGGAAAUUGAGGUGAUGCGCGCGCUGCGCCACCCCAACAUUGUACGGCUGUACGACUUCUUUGCGGAAGACGACCGCGUCGUCCUCAUGCUCGAGUAUGCGGCGCAGGGCGAGAUGUACCGGCAGCUCGCGAAGCGGGGGCGGUUCAGCGAGCGGCGGAGCGUGAAGUACAUCCGCCAGGUCGCGGACGGGCUCGCGUACCUCCACACGCAGAACAUCAUUCAUCGCGACAUCAAGCCUGAGAACCUGUUUAUCGGGCUUGGCGGCGAGCUCAAGAUCGGGGAUUUCGGCUGGAGCGUGCACUCGCCCACGGAGGGCCAGCGCACGCUGUGCGGCACGCUGAGCUAUGUCUCGCCCGAGAUGGUGCUCAACCAGCCACACGGCAAGGCUGUGGAUAUCUGGGCCCUCGGUGUGCUAUCGUACGAGCUUAUUGUUGGCGCCGAGCCGUUCGCGGCCGAUACGAGCACCGGUCCGCGCCUCGUUCAUCAGCGUAUCUGCCGCUGCGAUGUGCGGUUCCCUGCCUUCGUCUCCGAGGGCGCGCGGGACUUCAUCAUGAGCCUCUUGCAACUCAACCCCGCAGAUCGACUACCACUCGAGCGUGUGCCCGAGCACCAGUGGAUC